AUGUCCAACAUCCCAGAGCAGUGCGAUGUGCUAGUGAUUGGCGGCGGCCCCGGAGGUUCCUACACGGCAGCAGCGUUGGCGCGGGAGGGUGUCGACACCAUCCUGCUGGAAGCCGAUGUUUUUCCGAGAUACCACAUCGGGGAGAGCAUGCUUCCUUCGAUCCGUCACUUUUUGCGAUUUAUCGAUCUCGACAAGACCUUUGACAGCUAUGGAUUCAAGCGCAAGGAUGGUGCCAUGUUUAAGCUGAACUCCAAGCCUGAAGUUUUCACCGACUUCGUCGCAGCAGGAGGACCUAACGGCUACGCCUGGAACGUCGUCCGUUCCGAGGCCGACCAUCUCAUCUUCAAACACGCCGGUGAGAAUGGCGCAAAGACAUUCGACGGGGUCAAGGUGAGCGAUCUGGAGUUCGUUCCGUGGAAUACCGACGAUGCAGAGGAAGCCAAGCUGGCCGCGUUCCCAGCGCCGAACCCGGGCCGACCCGUUUCAGCCCGCUGGUCCCGCAAGGAUGGCAGCGCCGGUACCAUCAAGUUCAACUACCUCGUCGACGCCAGCGGGCGCGUUGGCCUCGUCAGCACCAAGCACUACAAGAACCGUCGCUACAAUCAGGGCCUAAAGAAUAUCGCUAGCUGGGGCUACUGGAAGAAUAUGACUCCUUACGGCGUGGGCAAAUCCUACGAGGGUCAGCCGUACUUUGAGGCUUUGUCUGAUGCCAGUGGCUGGGUGUGGACGAUUCCUCUGCACGGUGAUGUGGUGUCGGUGGGUAUUGUCCGGAAUCAGACAAUUGCCACGCAGAAGAAGAAGGAGAUGGGAUCGCCGUCCAGCAAGGAGUUCUACCUCGAGAACUUGAAACUUGUUCCGGGCGUGGAGAAGCUGCUUGUCGGCGCUGAGUUGGUCUCUGAUAUCAAGUCGGCUUCCGACUGGUCAUACAGUGCUUCCAGCUAUGCUAGUCCCAAUGUUCGCUUGGUCGGUGAUGCGGGUUGCUUUAUUGAUCCAUUCUUUUCAUCGGGUGUUCAUCUUGCCUUGGCGAGUGGUCUGUCCGCUGCGACGACCAUUUGUGCCGUGAAGCGUGGGGACUGUGAUGAGAAUUCUGCGGCUGAUUGGCACUCGAAGAAGGUUGCUGAAGGUUACACUCGCUUUUUGCUGGUUGUUUUGAGUGCACUCAAGCAGAUCAAGGACCAAGAGGAGUCUGUACUGACUGACUGGGAUGAGACGACCUUCGAUCGUGCUUUCUCAUUCUUCCGACCGAUCAUUCAGGGCACUGUCGACGUCAAAGCCCGCCUCACCGAGUCUGAAAUCUCCGAAACAAUCGACUUUUGCUACCGAGCGUUCAUCCCCAUCCCACCAGAGCAGAAAGACGCCGUUUUGGAGAAGAUGGAAAAGCUCGGUCUGAAUGACGACACUCUCGAUUCUAAAACCAAAGGCGAGCUCGAGUCCUCCAUGUCCGCCGAGGAAAUUCGAAUUAUGAACUCGAUCCGUGCUCGUCAGAUGCUCCGGUCGGAAGAUACCAUCAACAUCGACACUUUCAGCACCGAUACUAUUGGUGGCCUUACGGCUAACCUGGAGCGUGGCAAGCUGGGACUUGUUAAGCCCGUCUCUGGGGACAAGUCGGACACGGUGGAUGUUCUUGGUCUUUUGACUGGUGAGAAUAAGAUGGGUGCCAUGCCACCGACUGUGUCUGAGCCUGUGGUGGAGGAGAAGAUUGCUGUUGAAGCUCAUUAG